GCCAAAGAUCCAUCUGCUGGCCAAGGCCCGCGAGCUUUCUGAAACGCUGUGUCUCCAGCUCACCCAGCGUACUAGAGCUCCUGUAGCAUACUCCUGGGCUACAAUUACCCGGGCCCACGACCGGUCUGUCGAUGUCACCGCAAGAAGAGGAAUAAACAGACUCACCCCAUCGCGACGUCCCCCAAAGACAGAUGAUGCUCAGUAACCAAGCCAGACGCCAAUGAAAGAUAACCGUCUGCUGCCAUGACGACCAGUCGCUGCACUCUGUUGCCGGAGGUGCUGCCAGAGCGUUCUGACUCUGCCCACACAGGGAGUUGCUUGAGCGACAGGGACUUUGAUCCAAUGGGUAGCCUGGACUACCCGACAGAGCCUGACCUCCCAGGAAAAGCAAUGGAAGAGCAGAGCAGUCCGGCCAAUGGAGAGCCGCAGUACUACAUGCAAGUGUCUGCCAAGGAUGGGCAGCUGCUGUCACCUAUCGUGGGAGCGUACGCCAAACAGAGCCCUCUGCCUGAGCGGCCCAUGUGUCGGAUCUGUCAUGACGGAGGGGGUCAGGAGGAGCUGCUCUCCCCCUGUGAGUGUGCAGGGACCCUGGGUACCAUCCACCGGAGCUGCCUGGAGCACUGGCUCUCUGCCUCUGGCACCAGCGCCUGUGAGCUCUGCCACUACCAGUUCACUGUACAGAGGAAGAACCGGCCACUGAUGGAGUGGGUGCGUAACCCGGGCUUGCGCCAGGAAAAACGGACGCUGUUCGGCGACAUGGUGUGCUUCCUGCUCAUCACGCCUCUAGCCACAAUCUCCGGGUGGCUGUGUCUGCGGGGGGCCGUGGACCACCUGCACUUUUCCAGCCGCCUGGAGGCCGUGGGCCUCAUCGCUCUCACCGUGGCCCUCUUCACCAUCUACCUCUUCUGGACCCUGGUGUCGCUCAGGUAUCACUGUCGGCUGUACAACGAAUGGCGGCAGACCAAUCAGAGGGUGGUGCUUCUCCUCCCCAGGACACAUGGUGAACCGUCUGAUCCGCCCUCUUCACGAGGUCCAUCUCGUGAAAAAUGGCCAUCCAAAGAGACUAUUGUCUGAGCAGCCCUUUCUUCAAAAGCCAUGAAGGAGAAACACUGAGGAAGAAUGGGGAUAGUUCCAUAGGUGCCAGAACAGUAUUUGCUUCUGAUGCCCUCCAGUGCUGAACUUUGAAGUGCCCACACGUGUGGAAUUGCCACCAAAUGUCAUUAAUGGGCACCUAGGAAUGGUUUAAACACACAUUUACUAAGGCGGUAGAGUUACUGUACAACAGAGACCUUCUCUUCGGUGAAGCAUUCAUUUUGGACUCAAAAUGCAGCAUUACAUCCCACCACUGCCACCAAAAUGUCAUAGAGGGAUGGACAGGUACAUUUGGUGAUAUAGAAGUGGUGGAGUGCGUAAUUGGUCAUAAAGCAUUUGGACUGAAGGACAGCCAGGAAAAGUUUGCCACUGUGACCAUAUGCUGUGAUUGGUGAUUCCUGUGAAGUGCAGAAAAGAUUAUCUGGUUCAUAUAACAUACCAACAUAAACCUGUGUAUAGCAUUACUAUAUUAGUCACAUUCUACCAAUAAACAAAUCAAAGCCCAGAGUGUAAAUAAGUACUUCAACUACUUCAGUAUUUUACAUAGUAUUAAACUCUUACCUUUACAUGUAUGGGUCUCUGUGCCACUGAAACAGUGGGGGACUACUCAUUUUUCAUUGUUUCAAACAUUUCACUACGGUGUGCCCUGCUGAACACGAUCCAACUUAAGACAGGCUUUGUGGAGUGUUAAACAGGGCAUAGGUUGAUGUAGGCCUAUACUAGCUGCUCAGUCUUUCUUUGCAAGUCCUCCCCUUAGAUAAGAACACCAUUAACAGUUGAAGUACAUUGAGGCUGACCUUAACAUAAAAGGGACAUUUUGAAUUAAUUUAUAUUUUGGCUACAAAGUAGUGUGAAAAAUACAAUAUUGGUCUCAGUUGAGAACUGGUUGACUGUGGUAUGUUAAGUCAUCCACUUCACUUACAAAUAGCUGUGUUUGUUAGACAUCCCAUCUUUGACUCAUGAGUGGUCAUGUCAUUGUGUCUAUGAUUUUCUUUUGUUCUUUUGUAGUCACUGCCUUAAAGUAUUUUGUGAUGGUUCUCUUCCUAGAAAUGGUUGUAUAGCCUAGCCAAGACUAUUCAGGUUGAUUAGAAGGGCCAAAAACACUUGCAUUUUCUGUCUUGAACUUCUUGUUAUACCAGAUGUAUUAAACUAUCAAAGUAUUUUUUUUAAUCAUUGAGUACAUGGUGCACUUAUUUAACUCUUCAGCAUCUUCAUUUGAUUAAAUUUCAGGCUUCACUUUGAGCUUGUUGGUGAAGUGGAAUAAACUUCCGUAAUGUUUGUGUGUCGGGGUGGCAGUUUGAUCAAAUGUAUUCUCUCUACAGUUGUUAUUUUAUCAGCUGUUUUAAAUAAAAUUAUGAACUUAAAGGA